AACACAUUCCGUAGAUGUGGUACUGAGUUCUAAAAGCAAAUAUUAGGGACAUGACGCUGCCCCAAUACAAAAUUCGCUUCAAUUAAUUGCCAGUAUAAUUAAAUACUCGUGGAAUGGCCACCAAUGAUGUUGUCUUUUUGUGUUGUUGUUUGACUUUUUUUUGUAUACUGGUGAAGAAAAAAGUGUCUCAUUUCGCAUUCGCGUUGUUUACUACAUGUCGCCUGUAUCAUAGCGUCAUCUAAAUUAUCAAAAAGGUUAUACAUGUGUAAAAGUGCCAGCACUGUUAAUAGGAAUAUAACACGUAUCUCAGCUGAUCAUACUUACGCGGUUUUUAAUUACUUUAAACUUAAUACACUUGUCUGAAAAUCAUAUUCUGCAGCAUAACUUAAAGCGAAUAGCGACCGGCUUCAUAAAAGUCACCAACCAGCCAACAGAAUAAAAUAAUGCUUUUGAAUUCCUAUGGUCAGCCUACAAUACUGAAAGACGAUGAAACAAAUGCAUCCUCAUUAGAAUGGAGGGAUGCCCCCAUGAUUUUGUGCCACAAGGAUAGUAUAUUUGAAAGAUACUUCCCCAAAUAUUGGAAAGGAACGCUGUAUUCAUCUGAAGCGAUUAUCAAUAGUGUGAUCCAAUCAAAUGAUCAAGUUCCUUGGACUGUACCGUACAAAUCAAUUCCUCUGUUGCCUUCUGAAGUUUUCAAUAUCACACUCAAGGGUGGCAAUAAGAUUAAGUUAACCAUGAUUCCUUUGUUCGAAAAUAUGAUGUUUAUUAUAGAAGAUGAAUACGUAAAAUCUAUUGUCACCGAUAAUUUAACUCCAAAAGAUUUGUAUCAUUUAACGCACCAGAAAAUUGCUAGAGAUCGUAUAAAUGAAGGAAUUGAUGUUUUAUACAUCAAUGAUGCAGCUUAUCAAGAAUUGGAGAAAAAUGAUAAAAAUCCUUCAAAAGUUUUAUUAAGAUCGAUAGCGCAUACUGUCCAGCCUGCCUUCAUAAAAGGAUAUUUUAACAAUCCUCUGCCACAAUCUUUGUUGGAUUGUUGUUCAACACAUAACUAAACGAGGCAUGCAGUGCAAACUCGCGAACGCAAUGGACCUAUGGUCUUCCAGUUAAGACUGCUAGUCUCAUGCCUUUAAACCCAACCUAACUUUCCCCAAAGAUGGUGGGUUUAAUUUUAAAAUAAAAACAAUGGUAGAGGUUGAUUGCGUUUCUGUAUAAUUUAUUUUUUCAAUGAAAUACAUCAAUCUUAAAUACUACAUUUAGGAUUUUGUUUUUAAGUUUCAUCAUACAAAUAAAGUAUAAUUAGAAUGCCAAA